AUUAAAAAUAAAAAACUGAAAUUUCAAAAAAAAAAAUGCGAAAUGUGUAUGCGUGUGUGUAAUGCUUCUGCUGCGCUGCUGCUGUUGCACAUGCGCACUUUCCUCACUUCACACAUCUACACUUGUUUACAUACACUACGUUUUAUACAAACUCCGUUCACCACCAUAUUUCGCCAUUACUGUCACCGUUCCCGCCACCAACACCAUCACUACCACAACAAUUUUUAUUAUUCACCCGCUUUGGUUACGACGCUGCAACACUCUUUGCAACUGUAGUCCGCCAACGAAGAGAGCGCAUCGGAUCCACAGCUGGAGCGUCAGGUGGAAACCAUUCGCAAUUUGGUAGAUUCGUACAUGAAGAUCGUCACAAAGACCACACGUGAUAUGGUACCGAAAGCUAUUAUGAUGUUAAUCAUUAACAAUACAAAAGAUUUCAUCAAUGGCGAGCUGUUGGCGCACUUGUAUGCCACUGGAGAUCAGGCACAAAUGAUGGAAGAAUCAGCGGAAUCGGCCACAAAACGUGAAGAGAUGCUGCGCAUGUAUCAUGCCUGCAAGGAAGCGCUACGAAUUAUCGGUGAUGUAUCCAUGGCCACAGUGUCGUCACCGCUACCACCACCUGUUAAAAAUGAUUGGUUGCCCAGCGGCUUGGAUAAUCCACGUCUCUCGCCACCCAGUCCUGGUGGUCCACGCAAACCUGCACCCACAUCACAGGGCUCUUUGGGCGGCGCCGGUGGACGCGGCCCGCCACCACCACCUGCAUCAGGGCGUCCAGCGCCAGCGAUUCCCAAUCGCCCAGGCGGCGGUGCUCCACCAUUGCCAGGCGGCCGUCCUGGCGGCGCUCUGCCACCACCACUAUUACCUUCCCGUGUCACCGGAGCGGUCGGCGGUGCCAUUACACAACAAACUGGAGCGAAUCGUUACAUACCGGCGAGCAUGCAGGGACAGGUGAAUCAGGCUGUGGGCCAGGCAGCCGUGAAUGAACUUUCCAAUGUUUUUGCGACACGUUUCAAUCGCCCGGUGCCGAAUGCGCCACCCAAGCUGCCAGAACGACCUUCAUAUUAUGGCAACACUACAAAUGGACGUCCAUUUUGAGGAGGCAUACAAAAUGGCGGCUGUGCCAUGUAGAGGAACUCGUGUCGUACGAGUGGAUUCCACCGCUUUUGUUGGUGUUCGUAUACAACAAUAUUAGACUUAAAAUAUUAACAAUAGAAAAAACUAAAAAAAAAAAAAUAAUAUUAAAUCGAUAACAAUGACAAACACACGCCUGAUUAAACUUAGUGUUUAGUUAAAGAAGGGAAACGAAAAAUUUAAAUGUAACACAAACAAAGCGACCAUUUUUCUUCGAGUAUUUUUUUUUUGUUGCCCGAGUUUUGUGAAUGGACCAGAGCGAUAUGGCAUAAUUUUGUUGUGAAGUUGAAUUGUAAUGUAAAAUGGGCAGUUUUUCUUAAAAAAAAGACCACAGGUUUCGUUCAAUUUCAGAUAGUCAAGUCCCAGAUUCCAAAUUUGUUAUGAAUUGUUCUCGAGAAGUGCCUAAAUUAGUGAGAUUUCGCCGUAAAAAUUGCUUUAAAAAAAUUAAAUCUCCACUUAAGUGACUAUCCCAAAUUUUAACCUUACCUUAUUUAUAACUGCUGGCUCGACUCAAAUAUGCAUAAAUGAAAUUUUGGAUAAAAUGUCAAUUAGCUUUCGAACAUGGCGUAAAAAUUUAUUAAAAUAAAAUCUCUUACAAAUAUGUAAAUAAUAACAAAGUUACCUACGUAAAAUUAAAAAUAAAUAGGUAUUAAAAUGUGUUCGAAAGUUAUGUAGAUGAAUAGAUAUGUAGCUAAGUUUUGGCAGCUCUCCUCUUACCCGUUUCCCCAGCGAAAUUUGUAGUUUCCCAAUUCUUUGUAAAUAUUUAAAAAAA